AUAUAACCCAUUCCUUCAAUCACAUGAAAUGCGGAAAAGAACAAAAAGCUCCAAAAUCUUUGAUUAUUUUAAGUUGAUUGACGAUUUGCCACACAAAUUGGUUGCAAUUAAAGUCAGAAAACGUUUUGGCGAACAAAAAAAGCAAAAAAGGAGUUCUAGCUCUUUCAUCCGGGGACAUUACGUAGCAGAACGACUCAUUCAACGAAAGUAAACUCAAGGUCAAGCAAAUCAAAGUGAAAUUUUUCAAGGCUUCGCUUGUUAUGUUAACUCCAUUACGCUGAUGUGAGGAAAAACAAYCAGAAAAGCUAACGUAUCAAACGGAAAAGGAAUGAAAACAUCUGAUAUUUAAGGUGAAUAUGACAUUGACUCAACCAUGAACAACAGUUCAUACCAUGGUGAGCCUUUUGAAAAACAAGUCCCUUUUGAAGCACUAGCAGUAAUUUUAACUGUUAUGUCCCUUGGGACCAUAAUUGGAAACAUACUAGUGCUYCUAGCUAUAUGGACCCAGUCCUCACUUCAACGUCCCACGUACAUUCCUAUUGGAAGCCUGGCACUAGCAGAUCUAUUGGCGGGUAUUUUUGCUAUGCCYGCUUACCUUAUCAAGAAGUCUCCAUUAGGGCUUGGGUCUUUUGAAGGCGUCAUUUGUGACACUUUUCGSUUCAGUUACUUUGUUUCUGGUUAUGCUUCUAUAGUCAGCUUAACAGUCAUCAGUAUCGAGCGGUUGGUCGCUGUCAGAUUCCCGCUCAAAUAUCACGACAUCAUCUCAAGUCGUCGACUUCGCCUUUCUCUURUCAUAGCUUGGAUAGAUGUCCUAAUUGUAUCAGCAAUACCCUUCAUACCUCUUGAAGACGAGCUAGAAGGAAACUGUCAUUACCGACCGGUCGGUUGGUGGAGCAUGAUGGUGAUUAUCUGCAAUGUUUUUGCUCCUUUUCUCUUCAUUCUAAUCUGCUACAUCGACAUCUACAYUACUGUUCGUCGGCAGAUCCGAAAAAUACAAAACCAGAACAAUAUUUCUAACUUACGCAAACAUAAACGAGAAACAAAGGGCACRAAGACAGUCACCAUUGUACUUGGUCUCUUCAUCUUGUCUUGGUUUCCAUCCUGUUUAUAUUAUUUUCUAAGAGAAAUUUGUCCGCAGUGUUUUCCCCGCAAGUUCGCGAACGAAGGAAUCUUCAACUCUUUGGUAAAACUGCUGACCUUUGCGGGCUCAUUUUGGAAUCCGCUGAUUUACUGCUGGCGCAGUUUGGAAUUUCGAUCGGCUUUUUUGAGAAUUCUAAUGAGAAAAUCUAUCAUGACAAGCAGUGCGCAAUCCCCUUCUCUUUCUGUUGGUUUACACAUGCACUAAACUGCAUUGACUAUUGAUUUAUAUCCUAUAGKACAGUCUUUAGAUUACUAUAUAGAGGCCAGAUCAAAACAAUGGUAAAAAAUGGGGACCCGAUUUUAUUGAAUUUGGUGAUGGGUACAGAUAUAUGGCCCCCUACCUCAAAGACUGCUCGAUAUUGGGUGUCUGUUAUUGACUAUUUCUCAUAUACAAGGGUACCAGACAGGUCAUUGUCAUGAUAUUUAGUGGAGGCUUUGAUUAUGGUUGCUUGCUUUAAUGACGAUUAAUUCGGUAUACUUAUUCUGGUGCUUAACUUGAUACAAUGUGUGUAGAGAGAGGGGAGAGAGAGUCAUAUUACAUUUGUUACAUAAUAGAACCUAAUAUUGCGUGACAAGUAUAUAUUAUUACAGUCAUGAUAUUCAUUUCUACGAUUUGAUGUUAACGGUUAAUUUGGAAAUAUUUGGGACGGAUUCUAGCAUUUUACUUCCAAAGGAGUUGGUAUCAAGUAGCCCCCAAGAGAAUAUUAAUAUUACAUCACAUUCUCUUGGUAGCCCCACCACUCCAUUCUAGAUUGGGUCCACCGUAAGAUGCGAUUGUUUUGACCAUAGCCUUAACUCUAAGAGCUCUCAAUAUAUUAAAAAGACUUAUGCAUUGAUAUGCUUAUGAUUCAUGGGAAAGUCAAACUUCAACAUGAAUGAAUUUUUUUCUAUUUUUUCUAAUUUAUGUGAAAUUUGCUAUUGAUGUGUGCGUCUCCGUUCAUCACACCUUAGGUUACAUGCGUUUCUCCUUCCGAAUAUAAGAUGAAUUUUUUUACGGCAUUUGCCAGAAGACCUUGAGUUUUUCGUGGACAUUUGAAUACUAAUGAAGAAAGAAAUAAUUCGCUUUGCAUUUGCACGUGUGUGAGGAAUGUCACCGUUACUUUGUAUACAUUAUUCAUUGGCAAUAUAUUUUCGUCAAUAUUGAUAUGUACACUUGAAAGUUGCAAUUUGGCCUCUGACCAACUGCGCAAACAUUGUAUUUGCUCGAAUUUAAUGGAAAUAAACUAUUAUUUACAAAGCGGCUACAUCCAAUAACAUAUGAAAAACAAAUCAUGUAGACAUUGAAAUUUUGAAUCCUGUUAAUUUUUUUCACAUGGCAGACUUUUCUUUUUCAUGCCUGAACUGGCUGACAAAGGCAAGAAAAUGAGGGCUCCCAGUCAUCUUGCAAGAUAGAGCAAGGCUGCUCAUUCAAAAUAAAGUUGGAUAGCGCGAAUUAAGGUCAAACUAAGGCAUUGUCCACGCGAUGCCGGAUUUUUUUUGUAUCCGCAAAUUUGUUUAAUUUUGUGGAUACAAAAUUUUUCGCGUCCACACGUAUUCGUAUUUGUCGCGUUUUCCAACACUUCCAUUCUUGAGACCGUUUUAAAAAAUUUGCGGAUACGUGUGGACGCAACCCGUAAUCGUGAAAAAAAAAUUUGCGGAUACACAAAUUUUCGGCAUGUGGACGCGGCCUAAAAAGUUCAAUUUCUAUACUUUUCUCAAUAAACGCAUUUCAUGUGCUUUUUUAUUUUUUAUUGUUAACUAAUGAACGGGUGACCUCAUUUUCUUGCACUUGUCAGCCAUUAUGAGAGUGGUGCUCUCAACCUCUAAGCAACUUUGUAUAAACGUGUUUAGAGCACUUACCCGCGUGCUUUAGCGUUUAUYGUGCAGUUGCAAUUAACUGGAAAUAACUUCUCAAAGCAAUUGCGUGCAUCUUACUUGACCCGAGGGGUUGCCCUGUACCUGCCACCUCUAAUAGUGAAAUCCUGGAUUUUGUUUUCAAAUGUUUCUAAAAUUAAAAGUCAAAUAACAUAAA